CACAAAGUGCGUUGACAUGACGGAAGCGGCACCGGUGACCGAGAACAAGGAAGGCGAGGAAAAGGAAGAGGCAAAGCCGCCGCCUCCGCCAUGGUUCGUCAAGCUCGACCUGAGACACUUUUCUAUGGAUCGAUUUCUUUACACUUUGGACACGUUUAUAUCGACCAAGAAAGGGCAGACGUCGAUGCUGGUGGGAUUUGGACUGUUCCUGAUGGUGUUUUGCGGCCUAUUCUACUCGCUUCUCCCACACGGCGUACCUGCGGGGAAACAUGCCACCAUCACUACCGUAGCCACUGAAGACAUUGCGAAUGUCACAGUCACGGUGGUCAACGAUUCCGAUGCGACCAAUGCGACGACGACGGCGGUUGCAGACGUGCCCUCGACGACUGCCGCGCCCGAGCAGUACACGUCCCUCAUUGAAAGUAUUUGGGCGUGCUGGCUGUUCAUCGCCGACCCUGGGGCGCAAGGCGAACUGCACGAAUGGAACAAGCGCGUGUUUGCGUUUUUCGUGAGCGUGAUCGGGAUGGUGUAUUUUUUUGUCAUCAUGGGGUUUGUUGUCGAUUCGAUUCGCGACAAGAUGGAAGAUCUGAAGAAAGGCCGCAGCAACGUCAUUGAAAAGAACCACUCGCUCCUUCUCGGGUGGUCGGACAAGUCUGUAUCGUUGGUCAAGCAGCUGUGUCUGGCCAAUGAAAGCGAGGGCGGCGGGGUCGUGGUCGUGCUGGCCGAACUGGAAAAGGAGCGCAUCGAAGCCGAACUGGAGUCGCAAAUGGAACCCCACGAGUACCACGGCACCAAGGUGGUCGUGCGCUCGGGCAGCCCGCUCAUCACCAACGAUUUGAAAAAAGUGUCGGCCCACACCGCCCGCAGUAUCACGAUCAUGGCAACGUCGAUUGACGCCGAUAAGUCAGACGCAUCGUGCUUGCGUGUGAUUCUUAGUUUGAGAGGCCUGUUCAAGUUGCAAGGACAUGUGGUGGCUGAAAUUCGAGACAUUGACAACGAGCCGCUCGUCCAUCUCGUGGGCGGAUCCAUCGUGGAAACGUUGGUGUCGCACGACAUCAUCGGGCGGCUCAUCUUGCUGUCGGCGCGGUCCCCCGGGCUAUCUCGAGUGUACAAUUCCGUGCUGGGGUUUGACGGCGACGAGUUCUACAACAAGGCGUGGCCAGAAGUCGUGGGGGUGCCGUUUGGGGAGUUGAUCGUCCGAUUCCCCGCGGCGACCCCUAUUGGUGUCAAAACGGUCAAAGGCAAGAUCGUGAUCAAACCGUCCAUGACGUACAAGAUUGAAGACGGCGACGAGAUCAUCGUGUUGGCCGAAGACAACGACACGUACAAGCCGGAACCGCCGACGCUCGUUCCCCCCGUGCCGAUCCCGGUAAUUCCUGCCAAGGACAAGAUCAAAGAGAAGAUCCUUGUCUGUGGGUGGCGCCGCGAUAUUCAGGACAUGCUGGUGCUGCUGGACAGUUUUCUAGAGCGCGGCAGCGAAGUGCACUUGCUCAACGAACUCACGAUGGAGGAACGAGAUACGUUUCUGUCCAUGAGUGGCGUGGACAUGGAGAGUCUGGAGAACUGCGCAUUUCUCCAUUUUGUCGGCAACACGUCGGUGCGACGCUACUUGGAGCCGUUGCCGUUGGAAAUGUACACGUCGAUCAUGGUGCUGUGCGACUUUCAGCGCGAACUGGACAUUUUGAACUCGGAUUCGCACUCCCUGGCCACGGUGCUGCUGGUGCGCAACAUGCAAAAGAACCGCCGGGAUAUCGUCAAGGAAUCGCUGUUCGCGCCGCGGAUUUGCGAUGCACUGGGCCGAUGGACCCGACACGCGAGCAACAAGUGUCCGUGCAUCACGGAAAUUCUAGACCCCCGGACACAGAAAACGGUGGUCGCGAACUCGAGCAUUGCGGGCCAUUCUGACUUUGUCAUGUCGAACGAGCUCAUUUCAUGCAUGUUGGCCAUGAUCUCGGAGUCCCGCGAAGUCAAGCAGAUUCUGACCAAGUUGUUGUCGCCUAAGUCCAACACGUUCACGGUGCAGCCAUCAUCAAGAUACUGCACGCCCUUAGAAGUGUUGUCGUACUUUCAACUGGCGGUGCGCCUCGUCGAAUCCGACGAGCUGCUUGUGGGCUACAUUUCCAAGCACGACAAGAAUGCGCCGGCGGUGCUCAACCCAAAGGACAAGUCCGCUCCAGUCUUGUGGCGCAACUUUGACCUGAUUGUCAUCAUGGGUGGGUCGACACACGACGACCAACAUGUGGAUGUGAAGCGUGCGGUCGUCGAAUCCAUCGAAACCACCCUCCGAAAGACCAGUCAAGUAGGAAAGAAACUCAAAGGAACAACGAAAAACGCGACAGGACUCGUGGCCUCCAACCCCCCCGACCCGAAAGUGCGGACGCGACGCUCAGUCACCCGGCGCCACCUUUCCAUUAGGGCAGCCCCUACCUUUGACGCGGAAGUCCAGCUCACACCUGAAGUACGGCGCAAGUUGUCGCUUCUGUACGACGAAGUCCAAGGGUUGUUGCAUCAGUACAACGUGCAGUCGGGCUAACGUGAAUAACAUGUUCGUUUCAUGUGUGAAA